AGCGCAAAAUUCAAAUUUUCUAUGUUACGAUAACCCUUCUUUAUUGCUGGCUAAAUAAGUGGAACGAAUUCAAACGAUCAAUCAAAAACACAAACAAAAAUUGCAUGCAAUUAUCCACGACGUUUUAGACGCUAGGCUUGAUAUCUGAGCUGGCAACUCACACGACGAAAUGUCAAAUCAUCAAAUGUCUCCAUCCAUACACAUACACAGGGAUAUCGUGAUUCGGCGCGUCCUAGUUCAGCUUGCUAUUUUCUCUCAAAUAUAUGAAUAAAGUGAUAUACGUGGAGCCAUGGCGGACAAACUGACUCUUGACAGACAGGCUAUGAAAGAUAGGUCUACGUCUCAUCUUCGUAUAUAUGUUGGAGGAAUAAGUGAAAAUGCAACAGUUGACGAUAUGUACGACCACUUCAUUCAGUAUGGGCAGAUCAACGGCAUUGUCGUGAAUCGGAAUUUUGGUUUCGUUCAGUUCGAGACAGAGGCCAGCGCAAAGCAAGCUAUCGCUAAUGCUGAUGGGAGCAUCUUUUUGGGGAAGAAUAUUAACGUGAGAACUGCUCAAACCAAUCCAGAUAAAGUAAGACCUACAGAAGUGGUUAUAGUGGAGCCCGAAGUGCCCCCAGCGGUGGCACUCAAUGACAACCUACCAGGGGACAAUGAUGGGGGAGAGGAGCCCUAUGACAGCUAUGGCAACUACAUAGGUGACCAAAGUCAUGGUCAAGGUAACUACAGAGACAGGGAGGACGAUUACGAAGAGAACAACUACAGUAACCAGAGCUGGAGCGAGACCCGCGGCGGGCGCGGACGCGGCGGCCCCGGCGGUCCGCGCGGCCGCGGGCGGGGCCGCGGGCGCGGCGGGCACGGCGGCGCGGCGCCCGGCGCGCCCUACAGGGACAGGGAGGAGGCUCCGCCGAGGAGAGGUAGCGAGUGGAGCGAGCAGCGCGGGUUCUCGCGCGAGCGCUACGCGCCGCCGCCCGAGUACCCGCGGCCCGUGCCCGUCAGCGAGCGCAACGACUGCGAGAUCAUCGUCGUCUCUAAAGCGCUCACUGAAUACGCGGAAUACAUCGAGGGUCGCUUGAAGCGCCUCGGCAUCGUGGUGGACCUCCUGUUCCCAAUGGAGGACGUGCCCAUCGGCAAGGUGCUCGGCAACAUAGCGUCGCGCGGCUGCCUCUACGCGAUCCUCGUCAUGCCGCAGAACCAGGAGAACCGCUCGCUCACACUCACCAUACUGCACGGGCUGCCUCAAGAGCACCGCAACAUGCCGCUAGAGGACGCGCUGCAACUGCUAUCGCGGAACUUCCAGGAGGUGCAGCGCGGCGGGCCGAGCGGCCGCGAGGCCGUGUACGCGCUGCUGGGGCAGCUGGCCGACGGCCGGAGCCUCACCGUCAUGCAGUAUGAGAAGGUCAUCGAGUACUUGCAGGAACGCAAAGAGCAACAAGUCAAAAUCGAGCUAGGCGAGCCUCUCGCCCCGGCGUCGAACAACAAGACGGAGACAGACCUGCAGCAGCGGAUCCUCAGCAUCCUCAACGACAAGGCGGCCGCGGAGCCCGCGCCCGCGCCCGUCCCCGCCCCCGCCCCCGCCGCCGCCGCCGCGCCCGCGCCCGCCGUCGCUCAGAACAAGCUGUUCAAUGACCCUACGGUUAGGAAAGCGCUAGAUUCUAUUUUGCAGAAGUUUACGUAGAUUUAGUGUCUCCAUUAGGAAAUAUUGUGAAAAAGAUUUUUUAAUAGACGAAGGAAUACGCGUAAUUUGCAAUAUGGUUUAUCUCUACUAUGACAAGUGACUAAUGCAAAAUAUUUUAGAUGGCGCUAUACGGCGCCAUACGUUUGGGGUUACCUGGGCUAG